AUCAAAAAGAAAAAAUUCCGUUCAUCUUCUUCUCCACUCGUUAGGGUUUCUUACGCAGAACCGAAGAAGAAAGAACCUUUGAAAAGGCGCGGAGAAGAAUGAAGCAAUCAAAGGAUCCGUUUGAAGCAGCACAGGAAGAGCAGGAUGAUUCGCCUCCUGAAUCUCCCAUCGCCGCUGAUGAGUUGGAGACCCAAACACCUGCCGGACAGGACGUCCUUACUGGCGGGGAUGAUGAUGAGAUUAGCGCCGCCGUUAAUAAUCCCUCUGAACCAUCUACUUCCGCUCCGAAGUUGGCCUCCACUGCCGCCAAUGCAUCUGCUGGGAAGCAUAAAGACGAUGAGGAGGAGGAAGAGGAGGAGAAUAUGGAGGUUGAGCUUGGAAAAUUCCCCUCUAGUUCUGACCCUGCUAAGAUGGCCAAGAUGCAGGCUAUUUUAUCACAAUUCACUGAGGAACAGAUGAGUAGAUAUGAAUCCUUUAGGAGAUCUGCGCUUCAAAAGUCCAACAUGAGAAGGUUGCUAGUGAGCAUCACUGGAAGCCAGAAAAUAUCUUUACCAAUGACAAUUGUAGUUUGUGGGAUAGCAAAAUUGUUUGUUGGCGAACUUGUUGAGACAGGUAUGUGCUCUUUUCUCUUCUAGUCAAUGUUUUUUUUUUAUUGGCUAUUUCUUCUUCAGAACUCAAUCAGUGAGUUUGAAAAGAAGAAAAAUGAAUGAAUUUUAUGACUUGGGGAGUUGGUUUGAGCAAUUAGUUGCUAGGAACUGUUUCACAAUUGCUUGUGACUGCAGCACCAUUAAGCUUUUUCUGAUUAUGCAACUUGGAACAUUAGCUGCUAUCCAGUUCCAGAUUACAACUCAAUCCAGAUCCAAGACUAGCUUCUCUUUUUCAUUGGUUCAUUGUGGUUACAGCUAGAAUAGUUAUGACAGAGAGAAAAGAAUCAGGGCCAAUCAGGCCUUGCCAUAUCAGAGAAGCUUAUAGAAGACUAAAGCUUGAAGGCAAAGUACCAAGGAGAUCAGUGCCAAGGCUUUUCCGCUAGAUGAACCCUAAACCAAGCCGAUAGGCUUUGUCUUUCUACACUAGAUGCUGUCAGGGUUACAAUGUCAGUGGUUCAUGGACAGAACCACCAUUCUUCACUUUUGGUAUUAAUCUUUUCCUGGAUGCAUACUGAUUUCACUUCAAUAUUUCAGAGAAGAAAAAUUGAUGCCAUUGCAACCAUCUUCACCUUCUUCUUGGUCAAGAUUCCUCGAAGUAUCAAGGGGAUUUCAGAUUUCUAGAAUGUUGUAUGAAGCUCUGCAAUUUGCUAUAUUGAAUCAAAUUUUCUAAUGCAUUUUAAGAGGAAUUUGAACACAAAUCUUUCAAGGGCUCUUACUAGACGAAAUAUGUGACGAUAUUAAAUUUUAAUAUUAAUG